AUAAUGGCUGCACCAGAAGAACCUGACUUUUUGGAUUGCGUAUACAAUGAAUGUGAUAAUGCAAGGAAAUAUUUCUGUCUCAAUCACAACAAGAGAGUCUGCGCUGACUGCGCAUGUGCUCUCCAUUACGGAUGUAACCUCCAGACCAUCGGGUGUCAUGAUGAACUCUGGAAGGCUACCGGACUGCUCCAGAAGCUGCUCCAAACUCUGACUGACAAAGCCAAAGAGUUCGAUAUGAAAGAUCAGAUCGAAGGGCUUGAUGGCUGUCUCAAACACUUCUCCGAUACAUUCAACACAUUUGAACAAGAAGUCAGAUACGCUCUGAAGAAGAAAAACCAAUAUCUCAAGAUCACCCCUCUGAUAGAAAAAGCCAGAGUCAUCAAGAAUGCCAUUCUGACUGGAGACUUCGGCAAGCACGGCAAGUUCGAAGGAGACUCCAACCCAGUGCUGAGACUGCUCUACGACAGCACUCUGAUUAGCUUGACAUACAGUAAGAUUGGAGAACAGAAGAAACAAGACAUCAAGAAGAGUCCAGAAUUCUUGCAAGUUCUCAGAGAAGUGACCACUGCCCAGAGAGAGCACAUCGAGAGCAAGGCUGCAAGAGAAUUAGAAAAGAAAAAAGAAGAAGUUGAAAAACAGACAGAGGCAAAGUACAGAGAACAAAUGAAACAGCAAAAGGAAGCUGGUGAUAGAAUCAUCUUAGACCUAAGUGCUAAGAUUGAAGACCAAGACAGACAAAUUUUCACAGAGAAAGAGCUGAAAGAAGACUUUGAACAACAACUCUCAAUUCUUAAAUUGCAGCAUCAACAGCUCCAAACCCAACAUGAUGACCUUCAACUAAAAUACAAUCAGAACGAUCAACAGCUCAAACAGAAGGAAGGAGUUUUGAAAAUCCAUUUACAAAGACACUUUAGGAGAAACAAAGACUUUUAACUCCAAUACCAAUCUUGAAUUGAGCUUUGACAAUACCAAACACAAAGAUCUAAUUGAUUCAUUGUCAGACAGCCAAGUUAAACUCCCAGACAUCAAGAGGAUUAAAAUCGACAACAUCAAGAACUCUCACUUAAAAAGCAUCGACAAGUUCUUGGAGAAGUCUUUCCCAGACUCUCUCCAGCUUCUGUGUUUGAAUCGGAAUGCCUUAGAACUACUGGAAGGAGCAAAGAUAAUGGAAGGAGUCACCCACAGUUUACCAAAUGUCACCAAAGAAAUUUAUUUAAGACGUCUUGAAUUCCAGUCUUCUGAAGUAGAAACCAUUUUCCGACACUCAACUCAAACCCAGAGACUUAUUUUCAGAUUAUGCAAAAUACAUACGAAGCAGAACAUGAACUUUGUCCCCGGAAAGACCAAUAUUACUUACCUCAGUUUUGACAGUUGUGGGUGUUCCUCAGUCUGAAUGGAGUGGGACACCCACCCAGAAAGAUUUGAGUACAUAGUGGAAGCCAUCAGUAAAUCCUCGCUCAAAGACACUUUGAAGACUUUGAAUAUUAACAUUUGUAAGAUCUCUUCAGCCAAAGUGGAGGAGAUGAUGACGACUCACGGAAUGACUAAAGUUAAAGUAGUGGAAGAAUAUAAUAACCCUCUGAACGAUUAAGGACUGAAAGCAGAGC